UGUUUUAUGAAAUUCCCUAGUUUUAUGUCGACCAAAGGCAACUUCAGUUAAUUCUGCUGUCAGAUUAAAUUGUAUCGAAUUUAAGCAUUUAUUAGUGAAACUAUAAAAUUAACAAACACAAAGAUGUCUUUAAUAUCUUCCAAUGAAGCCCCUAACAUGCAGCAGAUUGAUUUAACGUCGUUAAACAUCCAGCAGUUAACGACUUUGAAACAGCAAAUUGAUCAGGAAUUGAAUCUGUUUCAAAACUCUUUGCAUCACCUGAAAUCGGCACAAGGGAAAUUCAAUGUUUCCGGCGAGUGUCUAGAGAAAUUCACACCCGAAUGUGAAGGAAAAAGCAUUCUAGUCCCAUUGACUGGUUCUAUGUAUGUCCCUGGUAAAAUAGCUGACACCAAAAACGUAAUUAUUGAUAUUGGAACCAGAUAUUAUGCUCAAAAGGAUGUGAACGAUGCGAAGGAUUACUUCAAGAGGAAAGUUGUCUUUGUGACUGAGCAAAUGGAAAAGAUCCAAAUGCUUGGUUUAGAGAAGAGCAAGAUCCGAGAUGCUAUAUGUGAAGUUAUAGAAAUGAAAAUCCAACAGCAAAGCCAACAGGCUGCUACAGUUAAGAGUUGAGAAUAGGAUCUAUUGGAAUGCUUCAUUAACAUUUUUUUUUGUCUUUUCUUUGGUUUAUCACCUGAGCUCCACUCAGUUCACGCUUUUAAAAAUCAUACAAUAAAGUUCUUAAUUUAUAACAAA